AUGAGGCGCGGCUGGAAGAUGGCUCUGUCCUGGGGGCUGCGGUGCUGCCGCCGAGUACUUUCCUGGGUGCCUGUGCUUGUUAUCGUCCUCGUUGUGCUUUGGUCCUACUAUGCCUAUGUCUUUGAACUCUGCCUGGUUAUCUACCUCAUAUUCUACCAUGCCAUCUUUGUGUUCUUUACCUGGACCUACUGGAAGUCUAUAUUUACACUUCCACAACAGCCAAACCAGAAGUUCCACUUGUCCUAUUCAGACAAAGAACGCUAUGAAAAUGAAGAAAGACCUGAGGUCCAGAAGCAGAUGCUCAUCGAUAUGGCCAAAAAGCUACCAGUUUACACAAGAACUGGGAGUGGAGCUGUUAGAUUCUGUGACCGGUGCCAUUUAAUCAAGCCAGAUCGCUGCCACCACUGCUCUGUCUGUGCCAUGUGUGUAUUAAAAAUGGACCAUCAUUGCCCUUGGGUUAAUAAUUGCAUUGGAUUUUCCAACUACAAAUUCUUUCUUCAGUUUUUAGCUUAUUCUGUUCUCUACUGCCUGUACAUUGCUACAACAGUCUUCAACUAUUUCAUCAAAUACUGGAGAGGGGAAUUGCCCAGUGUUCGCUCAAAGUUCCAUGUUCUUUUUCUCCUCUUUGUGGCCUGCAUGUUUUUUGUCAGCCUUGUGAUUCUCUUUGGUUACCAUUGUUGGCUUGUCAGCAGAAACAAAACCACCUUAGCUAUUGAAUUAUUGGGACUAGCCACUAAAUAUUACUCUCUGAUGCCUGGUAUUGGCAACAUAAACAGAUACUGCAGGCACAGUAGUAAGCAUAACAUCACGAGGAGACAAAGAACAGGUGAUGGUAGGGGUAUGUGA